UUCUUCAGUAAUCAAUUCUUUCCAUUUUAGAAUUUGCUUCAGGUACUAUUAAUACUGUGGUUAUUUCAUGCUUAAAGCCAAUAUAUAGUGCAUCAAUUUGACAACUAUGCGUAUUCCUCCAUUUUUAUCAAAUUCAAAGCUCCCAAGCUGGAUUUCAAGAAUCAAGGAGCUAUCAACCAGUGAAAAAUGGCACGAAGUAAUCUCUCAGUAUCAUGUAAUGAAAAAUACAGAACCUCAUCUGCUUGAUGUCAGUCUGUUCCCUCAUAUCCUCAAAGCAUGUUCCUACUUGUCCAUGAACAAUGGUAAGUGUUUUCAUGGUUGUCUGAUCAAGACAGCAUUUGAUUCAUUUACUUCCAUUGGUAAUUCCAUUAUGAGCUUUUACCUUAAAUGUGGAGAGCUGGAAACUGCUGUGAGUGUGUUCGAUUCCAUGAGAAGCCGAGACUCGGUUUCUUGGAAUGUUUUGAUUCAUGGGUAUCUCCAUCAUGGUCAUUUCUUGGAAGGGUUGUGGGAGUUUAGAAAUGCUAGGGUUAAUGCAUUUGAAUCCAAUAUUUCUUCCUUGGUGCUUGUUAUUCAAGCUUGUCGUAGUCUUGGAGCUAAGCCAGAAGGGUGGCAGAUACAUGGUUAUGUAAUUCAGAGUGGUUUUUGGGCUAGUUGUUCAAUUCAAAAUUCAUUUUUGUGCUUUUAUGUAGAUAUUGAUAUGGGAUAUGCGCGGAAUCUGUUCGAUGAAAUGCCUGAGAAAGAUGUCAUCUCUUGGAGUGUGAUGAUUAGUGGCUAUGUCCAUAGCCUGGAAGCUCAGGGUGGAUUGCAGAUGUUUCAAAAGAUGUUAUCCAUGUCUGGGAUUGAGCCAGACGGAAUGAUUACGGUCAGUGUUCUUAAAGCCUGUGCUAGUUUAGUGAACAUAACUAUGGGAAGGUUGGUACAUGCGUUGUCGAUUCAAAGAGGUUUAGAUUGUGAUAUGUUUGUGGAGAAUUCUUUGAUUGAUAUGUAUUCUAAGUGUCAACAUGUGGAUUCUGCAUUUGAAGUUUUUAACGAGAUGUCGACAAGAAAUAAUGUCUCGUGGAAUUCUAUGAUAUCUGGAUUAGUCCUUGAUGAAAAAUUCCCGGAAGCUCUAUCGCUGGUUUAUUCUAUGGAAAAGAAGGGUAUAAAAGCAGAUGAAGUGACAUUGGCAAAUUGUCUUCAAAUAUGCAAGUUCUUUGCUCUACCUUAUCAGUGCAAAGCAGUUCACUGUGUAACUACCCGCUGUGGUUUUGAAUCAAAUGAUAUUGUGAUUAGUUCGCUCAUAGAUGCUUAUGCCAAGUGCAAUCUUAUUGAACUUUCAUGGAAAAUCUUUUCUAGGACGAGGAGAAGAGAUGUAAUCCUGUGGAGCACCAUGAUUGCUGGGUUUGCGCAUUGCGGGAAGCCUGACGAAGCGAUAGCUGUCUUUAGAAAUAUGAGCGAUACAACAGAGAAUCCUAAUGUAGUUACUGUCGUAAAUCUUCUCGAGGCGUGCUCAGUUGCAGCCGAAUUAAAGAGAUCAAAGUGGGCGCACGCGAUUGCGAUUCGAAGAGGUUUGACAGAAGAAGUGACAGUUGGAACUGCAAUUCUUGACAUGUACUCUAAAUGUGGGGAAAUAGAAGCCUCAAGAAAGGCAUUCAAUCAAAUUCCCCAGAAAAAUAUUGUGACAUGGAGUGCCAUGAUAGGUGCUUAUGGUAUAAACGGUCUUGCUCGUGAAGCCUUGGCUUCACUUUCUGAAAUGAAAUUGCAUAAAUUCAAGCCCAACGCCUUGACUUAUCUGUCAGUGCUUACAGCCUGUAGUCACGGUGGAUUAGUCGAAUCAGGGCUCGCUAUUUUCAAAUCAAUGAUUGAGGAGGACGGGGUUGAACCCGGGUUUGAACACUACUCGUGUGUGGUUGACAUGUUAAGUCGUGCAGGAAAGCUCAAUGCUGCAUUGGAAUUCAUCAGGAUCAUGCCUGAAAGUUUUAGGACUGGUGCAAGUGUCUGGGGUGCACUAUUGAGUGGUUGCAGAAAUUAUGGGAGCACUAAGCUCGGCGAAGGAGCUGUGUUUCGAGUUCUUGAGGUUGAACCUCUGGACUCAGCUGGAUAUUUACUGGCAUCAAGCAUGUAUGCGGCGAACGGUUCGUGGGACGAUGCAGGUAGGAUGAGAUUAUUAGGCAGGGAGAGAGGAGUAAGGUCUGUUGCUGGUUACAGCUUAGUACAUAUUGGUAGCAAGGCGCAUAGAUUUGUGGCUGGAGACGAGUCUCAUCCUCAAGCAGGUGACUUGUAUUACAUGCUUAAUCAACUACAUUGCUGUAUGAAGAUUAGUACAAUUGACAACAUAUGUUUCUGCUGAUGUAAACUUAAAUUUGGACAUGAGAUUUGUUUUUUCUUUCAAUUCAUUCUUUUUGGAGAACUUGCAUAACAAGAAAAUUCAGUA